AUGGGUGCAUACGAACCGCUCCUAGAAGAAAACAAUGAGCUUCGCAAAGCAUUAUCCUCAACUAAAGAGCUUGUAGAACGAUAUAGAUCAGAUAAUGAAAAUCUCCGUAGAAUGCAUGAAGAUUUUAAACUUCAUCAUGAGCGCCUUAAAAAAGAGUGCCAAGAAUCUCAAGCAAAGUGCAUUGAAGCUGUCAAAAGUAGGCGAGAAACUGAAUCUUAUUAUAAAUGUUUACAAAGAUUCUAUAUUUUUAUUUAAAAUAAAUUCCUAUUAUUUUUUAAGAAAUAUGCUGAUGAUACUAAUUUAAAUUGCUGAUUUCCUUUAAAAUUGUAUAUGAAAACUAUGUCCAAAGGCUAAAAAACUCAAUCGAGCAAGGUAAAAAAGAAUUCGACGAAAUGCAAGCAAAAAUGAUGCCGCCAGUUGACAAUGAAAUUUUGCGUUUAAAGCUUGUAGAAGAAAUAGAAGGUCCUAUGAAAAUCGCUAUAGAAAACAAAGUUGAAGAAUGCAGUCGCCUUCAAGAUAUUGUCAACGAUUUAAAGAGAAAUCUCGAAUUGCUGCAGCUUCAAUAUGGAAGCUACAGAUCAGAAGCUGAAAAAGAGCUUCGAGAUAUGAAAGAUCGCCAUAAUUCUGAAGUCAACCAGUACUUUAAAGAAGUUCAGCAGCUUCAAGAAAGGCUAGAAGACGCUUCAGACAAAGACAUAAUUCGAGCCCUUAAAAAAGAAAGAGACGAGUUCAAGCUGAGGGUAGAAAAAUUAUUCGAAGAAUGCGACGAAAUCAGAAAAUCACGAGACGCAAUAAAAAAUGAAAAAAAUGAUUUAAUGAUUAGAUAUAACCAUGAUGUAGAAGAAGAAAAAAACAAGCAAAGAAUCCUUAACAUUGAUAAAGAUAAAUUCGCUAUACAAAAUAAAGAUUUGCAAGAACAACUUUAUAAGCUUAGACUAACACAUGAUGCUAAACUGCAAGAAAUCCUUACUCUUAAAAAAGAUAUAGAAACAUUAACAGCUAGUUUGGAAGCUUCAGAAAGCCAAGCAAAUUAUUAUAAAGAAGAAGCUGCAGAAUACCAGCACAAACUUCAAGAAAAAGAUAGCCAGAUUGAAAUGAGGGCCAGAGAACUUUCUAAAGCGGAAAGAGAAAAAUAUCAAAAAGAAAAAGAAGAAAAGGAAAAGCUGCAAAGAAAAAUUGAUGAGCUAGCUGCAAAAGAAAGAGAACUGAGUUCACAGCUGAACAGCACAGAAAGUGACUUAAAAUAUGAGCUUGAUAGUGUGAAACAAGAAAACAGGAACAUAAAAGAUAACAUGAAACUAUUAGAAAGCAAGCUUGAAGCUGCUAAGAAUGAGUCAGAAAUGCUGAGAAACUCAAAAGAGCUUAAGGAACAUGAUAGUGAUAAAGUAGAAGAAGAAUUCAAAAUAUUACAAGAAAAAUAUAUAGCGCGCGACUCUUAAUAGAUAUCUGAGCACAAAUGCUUAAUAGAAAAAAUUAUAUUGGCAUUUAGAAAAAUCUGAGAAGUCAAAAAUUAAAUAUGCAAUUAAGAGAGAUAAAAUGACAAUUUCAAAUUUUAAUUUUUAACUUUUUCGAUUUGAGCAAAAUGUCGAAAUAAUAUUUUUUAUUAGGAAAUUAGUCCCCAGAGAUUUAUAAAGAGGUAUGCACUAUACAGAACUGUCGAGAAGAGAAAAAGAUGCAGUGCUUCAGAAAAAUGCGUUAGAAGAAAAGCUGGGAAGACUUGAAGAAGACUUGAGAAGAGGAGGAAACCCGCAGGCGUUUGAAAAUCUUAAGUCAGAGUUUAUAAAACUUGAGCAAAAAUUAAAUGUUGCUAAAGCCAAAGUUUCUGAGUAUAAACAGAAAGUAACUCCCCCAUUUAAAUUGGAAUAAACAUUGAUAAAAUUGCAUUUUUUUGGUCUUUUAACCCCUUUAAAUUGGAACAAAUUUUUAUUUAAUAGGAAAAUGUUAUAGAUGAAAAUACUAAUUUUAUAAAAUUAGUUUCACCUAAUUUAAUAGACAAAAUGCAGUAGAAUGCUAUUUAAGCGCAAAAUCGUCUAAUUUUUUUUAAUUUCAAAGUAUUGUACUCAAUUUAUAUUUUUCAACAAAAAAAUAUAAAGAUGAAAAUACUAAUUUUUAUAUAAUUAGUUUUAACUAAUUUAAUCGAGAAAGUGCAAGAAGAAUGCUAUUUAAAUAGUUUUAACACUGAAUAGGGUGAUCUUUUUAUUUAUUUCAUCAUGAAAGUAAAUUAAAAUUCAAAGUAUUGUGCUCAGCUUAUAUUUGUUUUAGUAUUUUUUAUAUGGAAUAAUUUAACUAUAUAAAUAAUUAUUUUUUUUUAAAAUAAAAAUUAAUCCUCCUUUAAAUUGGAAUAGGAUUUUUUGUUCCAAUCUAAUAGAGGGAAUAAGGCAUGGGAAUGAAAAAUUGAACGAGUUAGGAUUAAAGCUUGUUCAAAGCGAGAAGGAAAGGCAAAAUCUUUUAAGGCAAAGUAAAUAA